UAUUCUGUUCUAUUCUAUGCCCACCAUAAUUCCUCACUAAUUUCCCUACAAACCUAUGACAAAGAAGUACAGUAGGUUUAGUUCCUGCGUCGUAUCCGUGCCGACCAGUGCAGUGAUCCGCAGAGGCAAGCCCGCACAUGCGCAGUGCGCGCGCCGCGCCACAGACUACACAACACACGGGCAAGCAGGACGUCUAGACAAACUCUGUGAACUUGUGACCACAGGGGAAAGAAACACUACGUGUGAAUAAAAAACGUUUGUGAAAUGGUGCACGAUUCGGAUUUGGAUAAUUGUGGGUUCAAGUGGACUUUUAAAGCGCUGCAGAAUUGUACGCAGUAGUGUAGUGCAGUCAGAUGUGGCAUAGUGCGGCGCACGGGAGCGAGGAGCGCGCGUCCCCGGGACGUUGGACGUGCCGCCGCGUCCGGUAAACACACCCGCCGACAACACACUAUAUAAGGUCGGACAUGAAAAAUCUUGCCCAUUGUCUGGCUGUUCCUAUCAGCGAUCACGUGGUCACUUUCAUCUCUCUUGUAGCCGCGGCCGCCCUGCCCUCGCGGACGACAGUACGGCGCUCCGGCGGUAGGUGGCAGGCGGGUGUCCGCUCGGCGCGACGCGGCGACGGCGGCCGCGCGCCCGCUCCCAGCCUCCGCCCGCCCAUUCACUGUUAGCAGUAGGCAGUUUACUCGGAGGGAGUUCGAUAGACAAUGUCCGAGGACUUGGACUCGAUCAGCGAGGAAGAACCAAGCUUGUUCCGACCCUUCACCAGAGAGUCUCUGGCCGCUAUCGAAGCCCGCAUAGCUGAUGAACUCGCUAGACAAAAGGAAAACGAAAAGAAACGAGCGGAAGGCGAGACCGAUUUGGGGCGGACGAAAAAGAAAAAAGAAGUUCGAUAUGAGGACGAGGACGAGGACGAGGGCCCGCAGCCGGACGCGACGCUGGAGCAGGGGCUGCCGGUGCCCGUGCGCAUGCAGGGCUCCUUCCCGCCCGAGCUCGCCUCCACUCCGCUCGAGGACAUCGACCCCUAUUAUCACAACCAGAAAACCUUCGUAGUCGUAAGCAGGGGUAGAGAUAUCUUCAGAUUUUCGGCAACCGACGCACUCUGGAUGUUGGACCCAUUUAAUCCAAUCAGAAGAGUGGCGAUUUACAUCUUAGUGCAUCCGUUAUUUUCAUUUUUUAUUAUUACAACAAUUUUAGUAAACUGCAUUCUUAUGAUAAUGCCUUCAACACCUACUGUCGAAAGUACUGAAGUUAUCUUUACCGGCAUCUACACGUUUGAAUCGGCGGUGAAAGUAAUGGCCAGAGGUUUCAUACUACAGCCAUUCACAUACCUUAGAGAUGCAUGGAAUUGGCUUGACUUCGUAGUUAUAGCAUUAGCUUAUGUGACGAUGGGAAUAGAUCUUGGGAACUUGGCCGCUCUAAGAACCUUCAGAGUGCUCCGAGCGUUGAAAACCGUAGCCAUCAUACCCGGUUUGAAGACCAUCGUCGGAGCCGUGAUUGAGUCAGUGAAGAAUCUGAGGGACGUGAUAAUCCUGACGAUGUUCUCGCUGUCUGUGUUCGCUCUGAUGGGCCUGCAGAUCUACAUGGGCGUGCUGACGCAGAAGUGCGUCAAGUCCUUCCCCGAGGACGGCUCGUGGGGGAACCUCACCGACGAGAACUGGGAGAGGUUCUGUCAGAAUGAAACGAACUGGUAUUUUGAAAAUGGUGCAUAUCCGCUAUGCGGGAACUCAUCAGGUGCUGGACAAUGUGAGCCGGGCUACGUGUGUUUGCAAGGGUACGGGCCGAAUCCCAACUACGGCUACACGAGUUUCGAUACAUUCGGUUGGGCGUUUCUGUCAGCUUUCCGCCUCAUGACGCAGGAUUAUUGGGAAAAUCUAUACCAAUUGGUGCUAAGGUCGGCGGGCUCGUGGCACGUGUUGUUCUUCGUGGUGAUCAUCUUCCUCGGCUCGUUCUAUCUCGUCAACUUGAUCUUGGCCAUCGUCGCUAUGUCGUACGACGAGUUGCAGAAGAAAGCCGAAGAGGAGGAACAAGCCGAAGAAGAAGCUCUUAGGGAAGCGGAACAGAAGGCAGCGGCGCGCGCGGACAAGCAAGAAGCUCGCGAGGCGCACGCGCGCGAGGUGGCCGCCGCGGCCGAGGCAGCCGCCUAUGCCGAGGCACACCCGGCCAAGAGCCCCAGCUUCUCCUGUCAGAGCUACGAGCUGUUCGUGAACCAGGAGCGAGGCAACCAGGACGACAAUACGCGCGAGCGCAUGUCGCUGCGCAGUGACCCCUUCCAAGACUCGGUGAGCACUCAGCCCGCGCACAAGCCCGACCCGCACAGCGAGGCGCGCCGCCAGCGGAAGGUCAGCAUGGUCCCCCACCCUGAACGAAUAAAUAAAUACGGGCAGUUGUCAUACGGGCCACUGCGCGAGGGCUCGCAGGCUUCGUUAUCGCUUCCUGGAUCACCGUUCAACCUUCGUCGAGGCUCGAGAGGAUCCCAUCAGAUGGCACUCAGACCAAAUGGAAGGCCACGGUAUCCACCGGGCGCGGAUCGGAAACCCUUAGUUCUAUCAACCUAUUUGGACGCACAAGAGCAUUUGCCUUACGCUGAUGACUCAAAUGCCGUUACACCGAUGUCGGAAGAAAACGGAGCUAUUAUAAUACCGGUCUACUAUGCCAAUUUAGGAUCGAGGCAUUCGUCGUAUACGUCUCACCAAUCGCGGCUGUCGUACACGUCACACGGAGACCUGCUGGGAGGACUGGGCAAGGCACAGACCAAGGAGGCCAAGCUCCGGAAUAGAUCAGCAUCGAGAAACCACAGUGUGACGUCACAACCGCACGCCUACCCACUGCCGCGGCAAGACUCCUCCCUCGCAUCGAGACCACUUAGGGAAUAUGAAAUGAGCACAGCAGAAUGUACAGACGACGCUGGCAAAGUACUGAAACCUUCUAAUGACAACCCCUUCAUAGAAUCAUCUGAACAACCAAACGUAGUAGAUAUGAGAGAUGUAAUGGUACUGAAUGAAAUUAUCGAACAGGCUGGAAGACAAAGCAGAACAAGCGAUCAGAAUGUGUCAGUGUACUACUUCCCAACAGCCGAGGACGAUGAGGACGGGCCUACCAUGAAGGAGAAGCUCCUAGAAUGCCUGAUGAAGGGAAUCGACAUAUUCUGUGUGUGGGACUGUUGCUGGUUGUGGUUGGAGUUUCAGAAGUAUGUGGCGCUACUGGUGUUCGAUCCGUUUGUGGAACUGUUCAUCACACUGUGCAUUGUAGUCAACACUUUGUUCAUGGCCUUGGAUCAUCACGAUAUGGACAGGGACAUGGAAAAAGCCUUGAAGAGUGGAAACUACUUCUUUACGGCGACUUUUGCGAUAGAAGCGACAUUAAAAUUAAUAGCAAUGAGUCCAAAGUAUUACUUUCAAGAAGGAUGGAACAUAUUUGACUUUAUAAUCGUGGCCUUAUCAUUAUUGGAGUUGGGAUUAGAAGGUGUUCAGGGUUUGUCUGUUUUACGUUCGUUUCGUUUGCUCCGUGUAUUUAAACUGGCCAAGUCGUGGCCGGCGCUAAACCUUAUUAUAUCCAUAAUGGGUAGGACGGUGGGCGCAUUAGGGAACUUGACCUUUGUACUUUGCAUCAUUAUAUUCAUAUUCGCCGUGAUGGGCAUGCAGUUAUUUGGGAAGAACUACACAGAUCACGUGGACCGCUUCCCGGACGGGGACCUGCCUCGGUGGAACUUCACGGACUUCAUGCACAGCUUCAUGAUCGUGUUCCGCGUGCUGUGCGGGGAGUGGAUCGAGAGCAUGUGGGACUGCAUGCUCGUGGGGGACGUCUCCUGUAUCCCCUUCUUCUUGGCCACCGUCGUCAUUGGCAACUUUGUGGUACUUAACCUUUUCUUGGCCCUGUUACUGUCAAAUUUUGGCUCGUCGAGCUUAUCGACACCGACUGCCGAUCAGGAGACCAACAAAAUAGCGGAAGCCUUCAACAGGAUAUCAAGGUUCAAUGAGUGGGUCAAGAAGAGUAUCGCAGACUUUCUGAAGAUAUUGAAGAACAAAUUGACCAAUCAGAUAGCGAUACACGCCCCCGGCUUAAAGGCGGCUCUCUGUGGCCGGUGCGUGUCCUCAGACCGAGUGGACAACGAGCUCGAACUCGGCACGGAUCUAGAAGACACAGUCCUAUACAAAGACAAGAAACUAAAAGACCAAGUCGAAGUAGCCAUAGGCGACGGAAUGGAAUUCACGAUACCAGUUAAUGGCAUCAUUUCAGGUGACAAUAAAUAUAAAAAAGGGAAGAUACUGAUGAAUAAUAUAAAUGCCAUAACGGACAAUCAUAGGGAUAAUCGGUUAGAAUGUGAGCUCAAUCAUCAUGGAUAUCCAUUACAGGAUGAUGAUACAAUUAGUCAAAAGUCUUACGGUAGUCAUAAGAUUAGAUCGUUCAAAGAUGAAAGCCAUAAAGGUUCAGCUGACACGAUAGACGGUGAAGAAAAGAAGGACGCUAGUAAAGAAGAAUUAGGUUUAGAAGAAGAAAUAGAAGAAGAAGAGGAUAAAUUAGAAGGAUUGAAAGAUAUAAUAGUGGCAGCUGAUGAGGACGUGGUGGACGACUCACCAGCGGAAUGUUGUCCGGACAAGUGCUACAAGCAAUUCCCAUUCCUUGCCGGAGACGACGAGUCGCCCUUCUGGCAAGGCUGGGGCAUGCUCCGACUGAAGACAUUCAGACUUAUAGAGAACACAUACUUCGAGACUGCUGUCAUCACCAUGAUUUUGCUCAGCAGUUUAGCUUUAGCUUUGGAAGAUGUACAUCUACCACACAGGCCGAUUCUACAAGACAUUCUGUACUACAUGGAUCGGAUAUUUACAGUGAUAUUCUUCCUCGAGAUGUUGAUCAAGUGGCUUGCGCUCGGGUUCCAGAAGUACUUCACAAACGCCUGGUGCUGGCUUGACUUUAUCAUCGUCAUGGUCUCGCUUAUAAACUUCGUAGCGGCGCUUUGUGGCGCCGGAGGCAUUCAGGCGUUCAAAACCAUGCGAACACUGCGAGCGCUGCGCCCGCUCAGGGCCAUGAGUCGCAUGCAGGGCAUGAGGGUGGUCGUGAACGCACUGGUGCAGGCCAUCCCCUCCAUCUUCAACGUGCUGCUCGUGUGUCUCAUCUUCUGGCUCAUCUUCGCCAUCAUGGGAGUGCAGCUGUUCGCUGGAAAGUACUUUAAGUGCGUGGACCUGAACCACACGACGCUCAGCCACGAGAUCAUCCCGGACCGGAACGCUUGCAUCCUCGAGAACUACACGUGGGAGAACUCGCCCAUGAACUUCGACCAUGUGGGCAAGGCGUACCUGUGCCUCUUCCAGGUGGCCACCUUCAAGGGCUGGAUCCAGAUCAUGAACGACGCUAUUGACUCUAGAGAGGUUGGCCGACAGCCGAUAAGAGAAACGAACAUCUACAUGUACUUGUAUUUCGUAUUCUUCAUCAUAUUCGGCUCAUUCUUUACCCUCAACCUGUUUAUCGGAGUCAUCAUCGACAACUUCAACGAGCAGAAGAAGAAGGCUGGAGGCAGUCUCGAGAUGUUCAUGACUGAGGACCAGAAGAAAUACUACAAUGCCAUGAAGAAGAUGGGAUCAAAGAAACCGCUGAAGGCGAUCCCGAGACCGAAGUGGCGUCCACAAGCGAUAGUAUUCGAGAUAGUGACCGACAAGAAGUUCGACAUGAUCAUCAUGUUGUUUAUCGGCCUUAACAUGUUGACGAUGACACUCGACCACUACCAGCAAGCAGAGUCGUUUAGCGUAGUCUUGGACUACUUGAACAUGAUCUUCAUUGUGAUUUUCAGCUCCGAGUGCAUGUCCAAGAUAUUCGCUCUGCGCUACCACUACUUUGUCGACCCGUGGAACUGGUUCGACUUUGUUGUCGUCAUGUUUUCUAUUCUCAGUUUGGUGUUGAGCGAUAUAAUAGAGAAGUAUUUCGUGUCACCGACGCUGCUUCGUGUGGUGCGAGUGGCGAAGGUGGGCCGAGUGUUGCGACUGGUGAAGGGCGCGAAGGGAAUCAGGACUCUCCUGUUCGCGCUGGCCAUGUCUCUACCGGCUCUCUUCAACAUCUGUCUGCUGCUGUUCCUGGUGAUGUUCAUCUUCGCCAUAUUUGGGAUGUCCUUCUUCAUGCAUGUGAAGAACAAAGGAGGAUUGGACGACGUGUACAACUUCAAGACUUUUGUGCAGAGCAUGAUAUUGCUCUUUCAGAUGUCGACGUCGGCCGGGUGGGACGGCGUGCUGGACGGCAUAAUUAACGAGGAGGAGUGCGACCUGCCGGACAACGAGCGCGGCUACCCCGGCAACUGCGGCUCGGCCACCAUCGGCAUCACCUACCUGCUGUCCUACCUCGUCAUCUCCUUCCUCAUCGUCAUCAACAUGUACAUCGCCGUCAUCCUCGAGAACUACUCGCAGGCCACCGAGGACGUGCAAGAAGGAUUGACGGAUGACGAUUACGAUAUGUAUUAUGAGAUCUGGCAGCGCUUCGACUCGGACGGCACGCAGUACAUCCGCUACGACCAGCUGUCCGACUUCCUGGACGUGCUGGAGCCGCCGCUGCAGAUCCACAAGCCCAACAAGUACAAGAUCAUCAGCAUGGACAUCCCCAUCUGCCGCGGCGACAUGAUGUUCUGCGUGGACAUCCUGGACGCGCUCACCAAGGACUUCUUCGCGCGCAAGGGCAACCCCAUCGAGGAGACGGGCGACCUGGAGGUGGGCCGGCCCGACGAGGUGGGCUACGAGCCCGUGUCGUCCACGCUGUGGCGGCAGCGCGAGGAGUACUGCGCGCGCCUCAUACAGCACGCGUGGCGGCGGCACCGGCGCGGCGAGGGCAGCGCGCCGCCCAGCGCCGCCGCCAGCCCGCGCGUCACCGUGGCGCUGCUGGGCGGCGGCGUGGUGCUGCAGGGCGGCCCGGCGCCGCGCCCGCCCGACCCCGCGCCGCCGCCCGCCCCCGUCUGACCCGCGCUGGCGCUCGCGCUGCUGCCGGCGCUGGUCGACGACACGCCGCUCCCUGCACCGCUGCCCGAGCUACUCAGCCCACCCAAGCGCACUUAAUUAUUUUCUACGCUAGAUACUUGUCGUGUACAUAGUGUGUCGGGCAGCCGCGGGCGCCUCACGGGACUUAUUGUGCAUAUUUAAAGACGUCGUUUUAUAUUCGCGUGGCCGAAGCUUGGAGACUGUUGUUUUGCGACCGAUGUUCGCGCGAGUGUAUAUUAUUGUACUGAUUCGUAUAUUGUCGCGUUAUACCUGUCCCCGAAUGAAAGCCUGUUAAUUUAAGAGACAAUCGAGCAUGCUUCGUUUUUUGUUCAUCACUAAUAAUGUAAUGUAAGAUAUCGGAUAAAGUUGAAGAAAUUCUAAAAGCUUAUUUUUGUAUUUGAUAAAUAUCACUGUCUGUCUGUAAAUUCUACAAUAAGCAGAUUCGAAUAAGGUGAUGAGAUUUAAUAACGAGUACUGAUUGUGAGAUAUCAUUUUCCUUCCCCAAAAUGGUGUUCUACAAUGAGAAGUGUCGCGGCGUGUGCGCGCGCCCCGCGCGGGGGCGGCCCCGGAUAGCGCCCCCACGCCCCCAGUCAGCGCCCCCAGUCUCCGCCCCCCGGGGCGCGCGCCGGGUCUGUCAUCAUCGACACGUCCUGCGCUCGCAUCGGACGUUAGCAUAAAUUUAUCUAAUUAACGCUUAAGAAAAGCAAUGGCUACGCCGAUUCAUAUCAAUUUUGUCCAUAAUAGUUUUAAUAGUUCCAGUUUAUAAGCUUCUUACUGUACCGAAACGACGUUGUGUUGUAUUAACGAGGACCCGCUCCUCGCUGUUUCCUCAAGUUUAAGAAAGUUUAGACAAAUUUUUGCAACGUUAUCUAUGUAAGCUUAACAAAUCAGCUGUGAAAUCGGUACCAGAAUACACUUCCGUCCUAAUUCAGUACGCGUAAUAGGAAUCGAGCCAUUUUAUGUAACGCGCACUCCCUAGUUGAUGUAACACUUCCCCGUUUACAUUAGCUGUCUCUGUCUAACAUCGGACGUGCCGCUCGCACGCUGGUACCCCCCUCCCCGCCUCCACCGCUCCUCAGUUCCGACCUCACGUUUUGGCUACAUGAGAGAUUAGCAAUAAGAUAAUUGAUAUUACCUAAGCGAUCGAACGUCCCUUACCGAGUAAGGUAGAUAAUAUUAAAGUUUUUUAAUUUGAAUGAGCAGCUCCGUAGUGACGGAAGUACCGCGCAGACAGAGUCACCUGGCGAGUCACCUAGCGAGUCACCUGGCGAGUCGAGCCCGGGCGAGACUCGGGAACGUUAAGGAUGUAUUCACAUCGUACUAUGAACUUUAGUUAGACUUUUAUAGCACAAUAAAUCAUUAAAUUUUUGUAAUUUAUCUUCGGAUGUGGUCAAUUUUCUACUCUUGUGUAAAUAUUGUGAGCUUAUCGCCGGGUAGAUCCCACCGCACGUUCGCCACACAUUUACCUACCUAUUGUAACUAUAUUGAUAUCAGCGAAUAUCGCCGCGAUACGUAAUAAGCUUGAAGCAAUAACGUUAUAUGUGCUCGAAGGACCUGCGUCUCCCUCUAGCGGCGCGCGAGCGAGCGAGAGCGCGCUCUUCCCCCGCGCCCCGCAUGGUGCCCGCGCCCCGCGUGUCGCCCGCGCCCCGCGCGCCCGCGCGCCGCCGCCAUCUUGUGUUGGUCAAACCAAACAUUUUACAAUUAGGCAUAUUUGCACAAAAGAAGUUGUGUUUAAUUAAGUUUAGACAAUAAGUUAUGAUAUCAUUGUAUUGUUUCGUUUAACUACCUAUACCUACGACAAAAAAGUGAGUUCAGUUUGCUGAAUGAUAGAGGUUUAAUUGAGUAUUUAUUAUAUAUAUUGUUGAAGUUUGUACAAAAUAAAUUAAGUAACGAUAAAAUAUAGAACUUGACUGCUUUA